AUGGCAGCCUCCUCCGAACAAGUCGAUUCAAGCCUAAUAGGCCAUACAGAUCUACUGAACUGGUUUAUUCAGCAUGGUGGCAAGAUUGACAAGAGCGUGCGCAUCGCACAAGACCCCUCGCGCGGUGUGCACUUGCAAGUGAAAGCAGACUGGCCAGAAGCUAUCCCGAAAGAGACCCGGGUGAUCAACACUCCAAUCGAGUCGUCAAUGUCCUGGUACAAUGCCAUUGGCUACGAGUCACCACGGGGCUCAUUCCCUAAACACGGUGUUGACCUCCCACGGACAUGGAUCGACCAGGUUGGCCCAGAGGAGACUUUUGCCUUCUUCCUCAUGGGCCAGUAUCUACGGGGUGUUGAGGGAUUCUGGUAUCCGUAUCUUCGUACUCUGCCUCAGCCGGGUCAGUUGACCACCCCUUUGUUCUUUGGCGAGGAGGAUGUAGAUUGGAUUCAGGGUACUGGCAUCCCUGAGGCCGCCGUUGAGAGGAUUAAGAUAUGGGAGGAGAAGUAUGACUCGGGCUACCUUCAGUUGGGGGAAAUUGAAUACCCGGAUUGUGAGCAGUAUACGUGGGAGCUGUAUCUCUGGGCUUCGACUAUCAUCACCUCUCGAGCAUUCUCGGCAAAGGUUCUAUCUGGGGCGGUUCAGCCUGAUGAUCUUCCAGAGGAUGGAGUCUCCGCGCUGCUUCCACUUAUUGACCUUCCAAACCAUCGACCAAUGGCAAAGGUUGAGUGGCGAGCGGGUGAUAAGGAUAUUGGCCUUCUCGUGCUUGAAGAUCACUCAGCAGGCCAGGAAAUUUCCAACAAUUAUGGCCCUCGUAAUAAUGAACAAUUGUUGAUAAACUAUGGAUUCUGCAUUGCCGGCAACCCAACCGAUUAUCGAAUUGUUCAUCUGGGUGUGAAGCCCGACAGCCCGCUCGGCGAAGCCAAGGCUCGCCAGCUAGAACUGUUCCCUCAGGUUGCCAAGAAUAUCGAGGACCACUACUACAUCUUCAAUCCCUUUUAUCCACUACUGGCUCCCGAAACAAAGAUGGAGCACUCGAUCUUCUCACCGGCACUGUUCAACGCGUUGACUGUCAUGGAAUCCAACACACGGGAGCGCAAGUUGCUUGAGAUUAGCUUUGAGCUCAUGGCACAUGCCACAAACCUGAAAGCCAGUGCGGAGCAUCUGCCUUUGCAACCAACUACCCUGAACCAGACACACUCCCAGAUCUACCGCAAUGGACUGAUAACAUUAGAUCAGGCUGCGUUGGUUAUCGCUACUUGGACUAUCACACGCGGCAGGGAACACAAGCGUGGUGAAAGUUGGGAAGAUACCAAGGUCCUCCUAUAUGAACUAAUGGCACGCGUCCCGGCCGGUCUUCUCACAGAAGAUGUCAUGUCCCGGAUCCGAGUGCGUAUCCUGGAGCGUCCGUCACUCAUCACCAAAAAUGGUGAACUGUUCAGAUUAGGCGAGCUUUUCAGCCUUCUCCCGGCUGAAAUGCAGGAGCCAGCUCAGACAUGCUUCCAGCACGCCCUGGGAGUGGUGAGCCAGGCCGUCCCGAGUGUAUCCACCGAUCCACAGACUAUGUUUGCAACGGUUAUUUGCUUGCUAGUUGCAACAUAUAAUUCGCCAGAGGCACGACAAAGUUUGUCAUCGCGUCUCAACCGAUGGUUUACUUUCCUGCUUGAGCAAUACCCUCUGCCUUCUGACACUUCCAGAUCUAUUGCAACUGGCGUGGAUGAAGCUAACGAAACACUUCGUCAAUUCCAAGAAUAUACUAAGGCAGAGCAACCAAGUUCAUGGGCGCCCGGUGAUGGAGUUAAUUGGCUUACCGAGGAUAGUGGGUGGUUGGACUCAGAGUGGCUCCAAUGGGCAUGGACAGUGGCAGGCUCGGAAAUGGUGAUGAUUCCUCUUGAGCCAUUUGAGAUCCUCAAGAUGGAGGGAUCACUGUCUAUGUUGAAGCAGGCAUGUCUCUAUGUACCACAAGAGUAA